CAACAACAUGGCUUCUAUCAACAGAAAGAUAGUGUUAAAACAUACUGUCGGUGGAUGCUUUGUCUGCAACUGAAGUGCAUGGUUAGUUAGCUUACUGAUUGCCUGUACUUCCCUCUGGGCAAGAGUGGAGGAUCUGGACUCUGGAUUUUAAAGCAAAUCUAUAUACUGGACACAAGAUGGGACCUGGUUUUGUAUGAGUUUGCCAGCUGUGCACCCAGCAAUAUUGUGACUCAGAGAACACAUUGCCGAAUACAACCCCAAUCUUGAAAACUAACACUCCCCCCCCAUGGAGGUUUGAAAGUGCUUGCUCAGGGUUGUGAGGAGGGAGAGGCCACAGGACGGCAUUUUAUCCCUGUACAGCCUCUAGAGGUCAGCAUGGAGUGGCUUGUGGCAGCCGUGGAGAGGGACCUGGGCGUGGAUCGGCGACAGAUAGGCCCAGGGCCGCGGCCUCGAGAGGUGGUGGCUCUCGUUCCGGCUCGAUGGGUCUUGGGGCUGAGGGAGAGGAAGGUUACUCGGUGCCCGCGUCUCGAGGGCGUGAGUGAAGGGGAGGCCCAGACCCUGCUCCAGCGCUCCCAGGUGAAGCUGCCGGCCGGCUGGACCCGGGUCUGCAUCCAGGGGCUCAGGAAAAGCAGGCUAGGCUACCGGCUGUCCAGAGACUCAAACUCCCUGGGGGAGGGCAUCUCACAGGAUUCCUUCUCCAGGCUCAUGAAAGGGGUAUCGGAACACAAUUUCAGGAAUCUGUGGCGUGAGGCUCACAGGACCUACGUGCAGCCUUAUGCCGGCACCAUGGAGCAGACUCAAGUAAUGGCGCUGGACGCCGUGCGGCAGGCUUUGCAGGCACUCUUCUGCUGCACCUUCAUCUCCACUGACCGGGUCUCCCCAUCACUCUCCCCAGCUAGGGAAAAGGAGAAGGAGGCCCCAUUCCCAUCCAGCUGCACGGCGCCCAAACCCCCCGCAGACCACCUGUGUCCUAACGUGCUCCCUGCAGAGGGUCUACUGGAGUCGGGAGAGAUCCUCUACCUAGUCCUGCCCUAUAGCCAGUACUCCCUCCAUGACAUCGUCACAUACAGCCCAGCCAAGCUCGCCAACAGUCACGCCAAAGUACUCUUCAUCCUGUACCAGCUGCUGACAGCUAUGCAGGCAUGCCAUGCUGCUGGCCUGUCCUGUGGAGCGCUCUCCCUGCAGGAUGUAGCUGUAGACGAGCAGCUCUGUAGCUAUCUCAGAGUCAACCUAGCGCAUUACGAGGAGCUUGGAGAGGACAAGGAGGCUGUCGUCAGUAAUGUAAGGGGGCAACUAUCAAGAAACAAGCAGGGAGGAUACAGGGGAGGCAGUGAGAACAGUGAACAGCUCUGCAAGGACUGCUGUGAGGAGCUGAAGUCACUGGUUAUGGACUGGGUCCACGGACGAGUCAGCAACUUUCGGUACCUUAUGGAGCUGAACAAGCUGGCUGGAAGACGCGAAGGGGAUCCCAACUACCACCCUGUUCUACCCUGGGUGGUGGACUUCACUGUGCCCUAUGGUAGGUUCCGUGACCUUAGGAGGUCCAAGUUCCGGCUAAACAAGGGAGACAAGCAACUGGAUUUCACCUAUGAAAUGACCAAAGAGGCCCUGGCUGCGGCAGUUGCUAACGGGGGUGGGGGAGGGAAUUUUGGAGGCGACAUAGUAGGGGUUGUAGGCUCUAGUGGCUCUGGGCAGCUGGACCACCUUCACGUACCACAUCACAUCUCGGAUGUGCUGUCAGACAUCACCUACUACGUGUAUAAGGCCCGGCAGACCCCUAAGUCUGUGCUGUGCAGCCAUGUGCGAUCGCAGUGGGAGCCCAACGAGUACCCCGCUAGCAUGGAGCGCAUUCAGAGCUGGACCCCUGACGAGUGCAUCCCAGAAUUCUACACAGACCCCUCCAUAUUCCGCUCCAUUCACCCGGACAUGCCUGACCUGGAUGUGCCUCCAUGGUGCAACUCGUACGAAGAGUUUAUCGAUGUGCAUCGGCGCCUCUUGGAGAGCCGAGAGGUGUCGCAGCAGUUGCACCACUGGAUCGACCUCACCUUUGGAUACAAGCUCUCAGGCAAAGAUGCUGUCAAGGCUAAGAACGUGUGCCUGCACCUUGUGGACAACCACACGCACUUAGCCUGCUACGGAGUGGUGCAGCUGUUUGACCAGCCCCAUCCACCCCGACUUGCACCUUACCAGUACUCUCCGCUUGAGCCCCCCCAUCUGGGCUCGGCUACAGUCUGCUUGUCCUCCUGGCCCAAUCCUGCCCUGGAAACCACGAUGGAUGGUGUGGACGGAAUGGUUCCUGAGGCCACUGGGUGCGAAUCAAGUGGCUGGACUGUGGUGGAUCGGGACGAGGAGCUGGAGCAAGGCACCGAAGCCCUGGACUCUUUGGGCACUUCUUCCAGUACUUCCACCACAACCUCCUCCUCCAUCCCGCUGCCCUUAACCAGUGCUGCUGCCGGAAAGGCAGCCACGGACCCUGUAGCUAUGGCUGUAUCCCAGUCUCCUGUAGCUUUCCCCAGCGAGGGUACAACUAAUAUCACAAAUGCCUUGGGAUCUGGUGUUCGAAGUGCCGUGCUACAGAGAGGUAGCAGCACCAACAGGAAACCCAAAGAGGGGAGUGUCAACACUGUUAAUGCUGAAGAAUUCAAAAUCAGCCUGCCAGAAGGGUUCAACCCCAUUCAGGCCCUCGAGGAGCUGGAGAAGCUGAAUAACUUUCUGGUAAAAGGACUGCACACACAACCUCAGCACCCUGGAGGAUCCCUGAGUGAAAGACCAGAAUUGAAUGUGUCACUGAUGGCUGCUCCUUCCCUUACAGAGCUCUUUCAGAGGGACAUGCAAGCACUAGGUGUCCUGAUUGCAGAGAUCUUCUAUUCAUGUAAGCUGCGUUAUAUGAAAGUGGGCGCCUCUCUGAGCGAUCGAUUCCAGGCUGUGAUGAAGCUCUGCUCGGCCAGCUUCCGUGACGUGCCCCUGCCCCUGCUCCCUGCCCUGGAGACCCUGCUGCAGGUCCAUAAGCAGUCAAAAUGGACCGGUGCGGACCGUAGGCCGAGCAGAAACCCCGGUCUCCUGCUUUUUCAAUAUGACCCGAUUUCAGAGGGUCUCCCGCCUCCCAGCCCCUGGCAGCUGCUCAGCCCCUUUCUGUCCCCGCUGCCUUUCCCAACAUACUUCCUGGCACUCCACCGCUUCAUCUUCUCCUAUCAGGCCAAGAUGGAGUCGGUUAGUAGCAUCCAAGGCCGUGACAUUGUCUUCCACUUGUGGCAGCAGCUGGAGUUCCUGCUGCAGGGCGACAUCACUGCAGAGGGGCUGGAGAUCCUGCUGCCUUUUGUGCUCGCGCUCAUGUCAGAGGAGUCCACCGCCGUCUACGCUGCCUGGUACCUGUUCGAGCCGAUCGCCAGAGUGCUGGGUCCGCGCAACACUGCCAAGUACUUACUGAAGCCCCUGGUGGGCGUGUACGAGAGCCCACGCUGCCUUCGGGGCCGCUUCUACCUCUAUACCGACUGCUUCGUGGUGCAGCUCAUCGUGAGGAUCGGCCUGCAGGCCUUCCUGUCCAGCCUUCUGCCCCACGUUCUGCAGAUCCUCACUGGCUUUGAGAGCUGCAACGCGGAGGCCGGGGCUGACUGGGAGGGCCGCAAGGCUCUGAGGAGUGGCCAGGUUGACCUGGGGGAAGAAGAGGAGGAGGAAUAUGACCGCAGGGAGGGAGGGGCGUCUACGGGGUCUCUGAGUGGGAAGGCGGGAGGGGGGAGCGGGGGCGGCGCGGGUGUGGGUGACACAGGCCUGGUGGACUACUCCUCAGGGAUCAGCCUCAACGACCAGGUCUUCCUCUCCGAAGGCGAGGACUUCCAGAACGGGUUUUACGUCAACAACGGGUCAGGCGGAACGGGAGUUGGGAUACACGGGAAACAGCAGGGCCAGAACACUGCGGUUAAAGACCAGGACCAGGAGUCUCUGAGCACGGGUAAGCUGAGUGACAAGAGCAGCGCCAGCGAGGUGUCCAUCGGAGACGCCGACUCUACCAGGGACCGGGCCAGCCUGAAAUCGGCCGACAGCAGCCAGGACCUGAAGCAGGCCAGUGAGGGGGAGGAUGGAGGGGAGUUAGACGAAGAGGAGGAGGUAGAGGAGGGCAAAGAGAGCGCAGUGGGUAGUGUCCCCAGCCUGGAGCUCACUCUCUCUGGAAAUACUGAGGAGUCUGAGGGCACAAUGGUCACCCUGGAUGGGAAGAUUUUAAAUAGGAUUGAGCUGGGGGAGGCAGAGAAGGACAUAGUGGGAGAAGAGGAGGAGCACGAUCCCUCGGAGGACUCUGAGGAGAAAGAGCACAAGAUACUGCUGGACACUGUGUGUAAGACGGUUAGAUGGCUGUCUGCGAAGCUUGGACCAACGGUGACUGCUCGCUACGUGGCCAGAAAUCUGUUGCGCUUACUCACUAACUGCUACAUUGGCCCAGACAAACACCAGUUCGUGCCCUCUGCUUCGGAGGAGACCAGCCUGGAAAGCAUGGGCAGCGUGUAUGAGAAGCGGCCGGUGGUGGGGGACCAGACGGCCCAGCCAGUCAUUGACUGUCUCAUCUACAUCGCCCACCUGUAUGGAGAGCCUGUUCUCACCUACCAGUACCUCCCCUACAUUGGCUACCUGGUCGCUCCAACCUCUUCUUUACGCUUGAACACCCGCAAAGAGGCGGGGCUGCUGGGAGCGGUUCUCCUGACCCAGAAGAUCAUUGUUUUCCUGUCGGACUCCACGUUGAUGGACAUGCUCAUGAAGAUCAACCAGGACGUGCUCCUCCCCCUGCUGGACCUGCUCACCUCUCCGAGGAUGGGCUUUCCCAGUGGAGUGCAGACGCGCUCUGCUUUGUGUGUGAAAACCCUGAGCCUGAUGGCCCUUAUCUGCCUGCGCAUCGGUCGGGAGAUGGUGCAGCAGCACAUGGCGGACACGCUGUGCAGGUUCUUCAGCGUCUUCUCCCUGCUGCACAGUCUGCAGACGCAGGUGGACACAGCUGCCUGCAGGGAGGUGGGAGAGUGCACGCUGCUGGAGGUGCGCACUCCGGACGGGUCGGAGGUCACCUGUGAGCUGGCGGUUCUGGAGGAGCUGCAGGCAGUGUUCAGCCCUGAGAUGGCCUACGCCUCCUACAUCCCCUUCUACUGCCUCAUAGGAGACGCAGUGAUCCGAAAGCUGGUGCCAAACCAUGAGCUGGUUUGGCGUCUGGCCCAGUCUUACCACGAGCAGGUCAGCCCGGGCAGCCCAGACCCCACCCCCGCGGGGGGUCAGAGGGCGGAGCCGCCUCCGUCCACCUCCGUAGGGCUCACCCCGAGCCUCACCGGCCGCAUGGGACGCAGCCCCCUGCCCGCCCCUUCCUCCACCUCCACCCCUCUGAGCGCCGACAUCCUUCCUGAGUCCGGAACCUUUGGCAGCCACCUGGUGGGGAACCGGAUCCAGGUGGCGCAGGACUCAGAGGCCGGGGGGAGCCCAAAUCUAUCCUCGCUGGACUCCUGGGGACGGCAGAACCCCGGGCACCUGGCCCCGGCCGGCAACCCGGGCUCCUCCUUCGCCUCCGCCGGCCCCUCCUCCUCCUCGUCUUCCUGGGUGCUGGGCCACACCCCCGAGGACAGCGCGCUGAAGCAGGACCUGCCCCGCAGCGGCCGCUCGCUGCUGGGGAACUGGCUGGCCUACUGGCAGUACGAGAUCGGCCUCAACCAGCAGGACCCGCACUUCCACUUCCACCAGAUCCGCCUGCAGAGCUUCCUGGGCCACACGGGCACGGCCAAGUGCCUGGCGCCGCUGGCUGGGGAGGACUACUUCCUGUCCGGCAGCAAGGACAAGACCGUCAGGCUGUGGCCCCUGUACAACCACGGCGACGGCACACGGGAGGUGGAGCCGCGCCUCACCUACGCCGAGCACCGCAAGUCCGUGUUCUACGUGGGCCAGCUGGAGGCGCUGCAGGAGGUCGUGAGCUGCGACGGCAGCGUCCACCUCUGGGACCAGUUCACCGGUAAGCAGAUCCGCUCCUACGAGGCUCUGGAUGGGAAGAACCCCAUCACGGCCGUGACCACCAUGCCGCCCCCCCACUGCAGCGUCGUGUUCGGCAGCGCUGACUCCGUGCUCCGCUUCAUCGACCCGCGCAAACCGGGCCUGCAGCACGAAUUCCGGCUGGCCUACAACAACGUGAGCGCGGGCCUGAUCCGCUACCUGGCGGUGAGCCCCGGGGGGCGGACUGUGGCGGCCGGCUUCUCCAGCGGCUUCAUCGUGCUGCUGGACGCCCGGACGGGCCUGGUGCUGCGCGGCUGGCCGGCACACGAGGGCGACAUCCUGCAGAUGAAGGCUGCUGAGGGAAACCUGUCCAGUGUCCUUCUUCACAAGGAGAAGUCCGAAGAACUGCUCAGGAAGGUGCAACCAAACUUGGUUCCGACGUAG